UUGGGUAAACAGAGAGGACAAUGGUUCAGUCAAGGAUAUGUCGAGUUAUACAUUCACUUGAAAUUUGACCAGCAGCUCAGCAGUACAUUUCAUUGAUUGGACACUGGUCUCUUUUUGGUCCGAGUGAGAAGUCACAGAGCUCUGAGUGAUGGGGUCAUAUCCAGCUCUGGCAUUCCUCCUGCUUUUUUCAGCUACUCUGUCCUCCAGAUGUGAUGGUGGAAAAAUUGUGGUGUACCCUAUAGACGGGAGCCACUGGCUUAACAUGAAGAUCCUGGUGGAGGCACUUCAUUUACGGGGCCAUCAGAUCACGGUACUACGUUCCUCCACCAGCUGGUACGUUUCAGAAUUCUCACCCCAUUACACCUCCAUCACCAUCAUCCAGGAACAGACCCAAAACCUAGAGAGCCAAGACUACAUGACGUCUUUCUUGAAGAAGUCAAUAGAGAUCCGUCGGAAUAAAGGCACAAUAUGGGGAUUUGUGGAGUUUUAUAGAAACCUUUUCAACAUGAUGGGGGACAACCAGAAAGAUGUGGCAAAACUGAUUGUCAGCAUCUUUGAGAAUAAGACACUAAUAAAGGAGCUGAAGGAAACAGAAUAUGACCUUUUUCUGACUGACCCGGCAUUUCCAGGCGGAGUGCUGUUGGCACACUAUCUCCAGCUCCCCAUGGUUUUUAAUGUGCGCUGGCUUUUCAAUGGCGAGGCCCACUUCGCCAUCGCUCCCUCUCCUCUUUCCUAUGUUCCUCAGUUGUUUACUGACAACUCUGACAAGAUGGACUUUUUCCAAAGAGUUGAUAAUAUAAUUCACCAUAGUAUAUUGGUUUAUAUGUACUACUUUGUCUCAAAUCCACCUUACCAGGCUGUGUGUGAUCAUUAUUUUGGACCCGACGUCAGCGUCAUGUCUCUCAUGCAGGGAGCUGAUCUCUGGCUAAUGCGGGUUGACUUCAUAUUCGAGUUUCCUCGUCCCAGCAUGCCCAAUGUUGUAUACAUUGGAGGGUUCCAGGGUAAGCCCUCCAAGCCUCUUUCAUCAGAUUUAGAGGCAUUUGUGCAGAGUUCUGGUGAACAUGGGGUGAUUGUCAUGACUCUGGGGACCCUACUAAGCGACCUCGGCCCUGAGUUAUCAGAGAUCAUCGCCUCAGCAUUUGCCAACCUCCCUCAGAAGGUGAUGUGGAGACACAUUGGGAAAAGGCCAAGCACUCUGGGAAACAACACCAUGUUGGUUGAAUGGCUGCCUCAAAACGAUAUACUAGGUCACCAUAAAACCAAAGUUUUUGUCACGCAUGGGGGUACUAAUGGGAUUUACGAGGCCAUCUACCAUGGUGUUCCAGUUCUAGGAAUUCCUCUAAUCUUUGACCAGUAUGACAACAUGGUGCGUCUGAAGUCCCGCAGAGUGGCUGAGAUUGUUGAAGUGACAACUUUGGCUGUUGACUCUCUGACAAGUGCCCUAAAGAAUAUUCUAGACCCAGAGAUGCCAUACAAACAGAAUAUGCUCAAACUGUCAGAACUUCAUCAUGACAAACCAAUGAAACCCAAAGACAGUGCCAUUUUUUGGACGGAGUUCGUCAUGAGGCACAAGGGCGCAGCACAUCUGCGCACUGAGUCAUAUAAGUUGCCAUGGUAUGCCUAUUACUGUCUAGAUGUGAUGGCAGUCUUUGUAGCAUUUGGUGUGCUGAGCAUCGCAUUAGUUUGGGUCUCCUGUAGAUGUCUCAUUGGACUUUUGAUAAGGACCAAGAAGACCACAUCCAAGUCCAAGAAUGAAUAGAUAACUUCAUGAUAAAGCUGGAUAAGAAUGGGAUGAAAAAAGAUGUAAUUUAAAGAGUUACAUAAUGUGUGGAAUAACAACCGGAAGUAAUAUACAUGAAUAAAUUAGGGCCUACAGUGCUUCAUCCCCAGAAUUUCACAGAAAAAGCGUGUUUUUAUGACGAAAUAUCUCCACUCACCACCGUUGUGUGAUAAACUCCACUACCCCCAAUGCUUUUUAUUAUCCCUUUAGGCUCCUUCCUCUAUGUUUAACAUUGUUUUUUCCAAAAGAGCACCAACAGGACAUGUUGGCCCUUAUAGUUGGAAUGGAUGAGGUUAAUUAACUUGAGAGCCAUUACGUUACAGCAAGGAGGACGAUCUGUUGGAGACAAUGUGUACAUGUGAACACCAGCACCAGCAAAAUGCUGUGUCCGCCCGGCCGAUCUGCUCCAACAUAUUAUGACAGUGCGAGUCUUACAUAUACAAAUCAAGACAGACAGCCAUGGCCAAAACAAGCCUCUUCUCCAUUUUCUACAGUGAUUCCACCAGUGCUUUUUGGAAAAAUUAAGGACGGCCGUACGAAAAAGACCUCAGAGCGCUCAAAAUAAAAUUACUCAAGGCUGCUCUGCCUUUUUUCUAGGUGUCUGCAUGCAUAGACUCUCUACUCUUUGAAAAUAAUUGAAAAAAGACUGAGAAUGCUAUAUGGAUACAGGCCCAAAAUGGGAAAGUGUUAGAAAUUCUAAUUUUAUAAUAGCUUUUAAUUUUUCAAAUGAUUGGCACUAAUCGCGACUGAACUGUCUUUUUUUGCAGAAACAAAUCCGAAGAAAUCAUUGUGAUCUUUGCAUAAUUCACAAAAUGUAUAGUGAUUUAAGUGAGUCAUGAAAUAGUUUUUAAAUCAUAUGUUUUUUUCCCUUUCUGGUCACUAAUUAUGAUUAGUAUGUAUGUUGCAAUGCCUGUGAAAAGACACAAAAAUAAAAAAGCGAUCGAAAAUAUCGAUCAUCUGUAAUUUGUCGCACAUCUGAAAAGGUUGUUGGAGCUUUACAUACGGUAGUCAUUUGAUGAUGAUGACAUGUAACACUUCCUCUUUUAUGCGUGAACAGAGGGAAAGAAACUGUGAGUGGGUGCACGUCAGCAUCAGGCUUUUAGUUUGAUUGAGGCAAUGAUUGUGAAGAAAACUAUAUCGUAAAAAAGACGAUGCAUGUCAUUAUCAAUGUGAUCAAUACCACUCCAUAAAACUGUUCUGAAAGAAAACAGUCAA